AUGCGGCUGGGGUCCGGGACCUUCGCCGUCUGCUGUGUAGCGAUUGAGGUGCUCGGGGUCGCCAUCUUCCUUCGGGGAUUCUUCCCGGCGCCGGUUCGUUCGGCUUCCGGGACGGAGCCCCAAGCGGAGCUCCCAGCGCCGGAACCCUCGGCUGGAUCCAGUUCCAACUGGACUAAACUCCCGCCACCUCUCUUCAGUAAAGUUGUCCUUGUCCUGAUAGACGCCUUGAGGGAUGAUUUUGUGUUUGGGUCAAAGGGUGUGAAAUUUAUGCCCUACACGACUUAUCUUGUGGAAAAAGGAGCAUCUCACAGUUUUGUGGCUGAGGCAAAGCCACCUACCGUUACUAUGCCUCGAAUCAAGGCAUUGAUGACAGGGAGUCUGCCUGGUUUUGUGGAUGUCAUCAGGAACCUUAAUUCUCCAGUGCUGCUGGAAGACAAUGUGAUUAAACAGGCAAAAGCUGCUGGAAAAAGAAUGAUCUUUUAUGGAGAUGAAACAUGGGUUAAAUUAUUCCCCAAGCAUUUUGUAGAAUACGACGGAACCACCUCUUUUUUUGUGUCAGAUUACACAGAGGUUGACAACAACGUCACGAGGCAUUUGGAGAAAGUAUUGAAAAGAGAAGACUGGGAUGUGCUGGUCCUGCACUACCUGGGGCUGGACCACAUCGGUCACCUCUCAGGGCCUAACAGCCCCCUGAUCGGGCACAAGCUUAGUGAGAUGGACGGCGUCCUCAUGAAGAUCCACAUGGCACUGCUGUCAAAGGAAAGAGCAGCUACCUUGCCCACCUUGCUAGUUCUCUGUGGGGAUCACGGGAUGUCUGAGACGGGCAGUCACGGGGCCUCAUCCUUGGAGGAAGUGAGCACGCCGCUGGUGCUGGUCAGCUCAGCCUUUGUGAGGAAGUCUGGUGACAUCAGACGUCCCAGGCAUGUCCAGCAGACUGAUCUAGCAGCUACACUGGCCAUAGCACUGGGCUUGCCAAUUCCAAAGAACAGUGUGGGACGACUUUUAUUUCCAAUUGUGGAAGGAAAACCAAUGCGAGAACAGCUAAGAUUUUUACAUUUAAAUACGGUGCAGCUUAGCAAGUUGUUGCAAGAGAAUGUACCACUGUAUGAAAAAGAUCCUGGAUUUGAACAGUUUAAAAUGUCAGAAAAGAUGCAUGGGAAUUGGGUCAGACUCUACUUGGAGGAAAAUAACUCAGAAGUCCUUUUGAAUCUCGGCACAAAGGUCCUCAGGCAGUACCUGGAUGCCCUGCAGAUCCUGAGCCUAUCUCUGAGCAGACAAGUGGCACAUUACGACAUCUACUCGAUGGCGGUCCUCACCUUGCUCCUGCUCAGUGUCCCAAAGGCACUUGGCCCAGCAGCUGAGCUGGAUGUACCACUGUCAUCGCCACUGUUUUCCCUGCUCUUCUACCUGAUGCUCUUAGUCCUCUCAGCCGUACAUGUCGUCGUGUGCACCUCAGCUGAGAGCAGCUGUUACUUCUGUAGUGUGUCCUGGCUGGUGGCAGGCGGUGCCAUGCUGUUGAUAUCUGCACUGCUCUGUGCGAUCAUGUCUGCACUCACAAAGACAGGGGUCAGCAUGAAGCAUGCAGGGAAGAACCUUGCUUCUUCAAACUCAAAGUGGUCAGAGCUGGACCUCCUCAUCCUGCUGGGGACUGCGGGCCAUGUCCUGAGCCUGGGUGCGAGCAGCUUCAUUGAGGAAGAGCACCAGACCUGGUACUUCCUCGUCAGCACCCUGUGCCUGGCACUGUGUCAGGAGGUCUGCAGAAACCACCUACUUAGCAGCGACGGGGACCCACAGUGUAGCCUGCACGUGGAGCUUGGGCCCAAGGGGGACGCACUGGUGCUGCAGGACAAGGCAGAGGGCUGUGCCAUGCUGGAGGCUGACAGGACUCACAAGACUGCCUCCGCCUUCAGACAGCUGGGCAGUGUGGAGCGAAGGAUGGUGCUGGCCAGCCCCUGGGCAGUGCUGUGCUGUUGUCGGCUUCUGAGGUCCCUGAAUCAGACAGGUGUUCAGGGGGCCCACCGACCUGACCUGGGACACUGGCUAACCAGCUCUGACCACCAAGCCGCCCUGUCUAUCCUGGCUGCCCUCUCACUCCUUACCGUCUUCCUGCUGGUCCAGAGGAGGUGCUCACCCAUGUCCAAGGUGGCCCUGGCACUUGGCCUGCUGGGUGUCUACUGCUACCGGGCUGCCAUAGGGAAUUUGAUGUCACCAUGGCAACGAGGCAACAAGGACAUCUCAAAGGGCAUCAUCGAGGCACGUUUUGUUUAUGUCUUUGUCCUGGGCAUCCUCUUCACGGGCACCAAAGACUUACUCCGGGCCCAGGUUGCUGCUGCCGGUAUCAGAGCCAGGACCAUGGGCUUGUGGGAGAUAUACAGCGGGCUAGUCCUGCUGGCUGCCCUGCUGCUCAGGCCACACAACCUCCCUGUGCUAGUGUGCAGCCUCCUGGUGCAGACUCUGAUGGCCGAGUUUGUCUGGAAGCCACUAAGCCACGAUGCAGCAGAGGUGACCGUGAUGCACUACUGGUUUGGACAGGCCUUCUUCUACUUCCAGGGGAACUCCAACAACAUCGCCACUGUGGACAUAUCUGCAGGCUUCGUGGGUCUAGAGCACUACGUAGAGGUUCCCGCUGUGUUCCUGACUGCGUUCUCCACAUACCUAGGUCCUGUCCUGUGGGCCAGUCACCUAGUAAACUACCUGAGCUCAGAAGCUGGCAGCCCUGCGGCAUUGCGUCACUCCUGCUUUUGUUAUGCGCUUCUCUGCUCCCUUCCAGUCUCUGCAUAUAUCAUUCUGGUGACGUCCCUGCGGUAUCAUUUAUUUAUCUGGAGUGUGUUUUCUCCCAAGCUCCUCUACGAGGGAAUGCACCUGUUGAUUACAGCUACCAUUUGUGUCUUCUUCACAGCCAUGGACCAGACCAGACACAUGAAAUCUUAG